AUGAGGUUUAAACUCAUAGAGCUUCGUGAGUCUCAACCUGAGAUCGUGUUUGUAUGGAAUAAAUGGGCUCCUAUUAAGGUAAAUUUCUUGGCAUGGAGUUUAUGGUUGGGUCGUUUGCCAUCCAAGGACAACCUUAUAUUUCGCAAUGUUAAUCUUCAAUCCACGAGUUGUGACAUUUGUGGACUAGAUGAGGAAUCUCCGGAGCAUGUUUUUGGUUCUUGCAUUAUUACCUCCCAGGUUUGGGAGGCCAUCUCGCAGUGGUGUCGCAUCUCUUGUUUCUUUUUCUUCUCGGUCACAGACCUUCCUAUUUUGUAUCAGAGUUUGAGAGGCGACAUGGGAUGGAAACUAGCAGUCCAGUUAGUGUUCUUCAUGACGUUUUGGGGCCUCUGGAGAAACAGGAAUAACGCAGUCUUUAACUCCAAAAGAACAUCUGCCAAGCAUCUCUUUGAGGAAAUCCGAUAUCCCUCUUUUCUGUGGAUCAAGAAUCGGUCUAGGAAUUUGACAUUGUCUUGGGGUGACUGGUGUGAUUUUAACAUCUCUUGUAUGUUUUGA